AUGAAUGAACAAUUUUGGAUUUAUAAGGAGCGCUCAUCGGUAAGAUCUGGAAUCGCGAAGAUUCCAAUAGCCGUAUCACUUCUCGGUUGCGCAAUAUUGAUCUUCUUGCUUUACGGGAUUUCGUUUAUGAUUGAAAGAAGGAUACUGAUGGAUUUGAUUGGGGUCGACCUCCCGGACAUAAUAAAGAUUUUGUGUUUCUUUUCAACGGUCUCUUUAUUCGCGUUCUUAAUCAACAGCACGGCUGUGUUGUGUUUAGUGUUCAUCUCGUCUGUAGUUUACUUCGUAACACAUUCUUUAAUCGUUUCCGGACUGGUACAAUACUAUGCAAAAUGUAGGGAAUACGCAAUGCCGUUGUUGAACAUGUUGUAUUACACACCGCGGGACGAGAUGUUUGUGAUCCUUAUGGUACUGAUGGUGUCAAGGUUAUUGCUGAUAAUACCAUUUGGAUACUAUUCACUGGUACUCUACACGAUAAGAAAGGCAGGAGGAACAGGAUGGACCACGAUACCGGCCUUUCAACUGGAGAUGAACAAGAUACCAAAGGAGAUUGAGGAUCUGGAAAGACGGCGCGAAUACAUAAAGAGGAGAGUUGAGAUUCUAUAA